UCCAAAGUCUCGUAUUUUAUAGCAAGGGACUUUUUAUCCCUUAUAAAGAACACCCCUCUUAUACCCAGGCAUGCAGCAGUUCUCUUGCUUCAAUCCUUCAAAGAUGACUGUCAUUGUUGAGAACCCUGUCGAGGAUAUGGAGCUUUAUGAACACAAGAAGGAAAUCCAUGUCGACCCCGAUGAGUUGGUGUCUGAUGGUGGAUUCACGAUGCCAGAUAGUAAUGCAUUUGGCCAAUCAUUUAGGGACUACGAAAAUGCAGAGAAUGAAAGGCACCAGAUUGUUGAACGAACAUACAGGCUGCAACACAUUAACCAAACAUAUGAUUACGUCAAGAAGAUGAGGGAAGAAUAUAGCAGACUGGACAAGGCAGAGAUGAGCAUAUGGGAAUGCUGUGAGCUUCUCAAUGACGUUGUGGACGAGAGUGAUCCUGACUUGGAUGAGCCACAAAUCAUGCACUUGCUGCAGUCAGCUGAAGCAAUCAGAAAAGACUAUCCUAACGAAGAUUGGUUGCACUUGACUGCACUUAUCCAUGAUCUUGGAAAAAUCCUUCUACUUCCUCGAUUUGGAGGAUUACCUCAAUGGUCUGCUGUAGGUGAUAUAUUCCCUGUUGGCUGUGCUUUUGAUGAAUCCAACGUCCAUUAUCAGUUUUUCAAGGAAAACCCAGAUUUCAACAAUCCAAAAUACAACACCAAGACUGGAGUUUACUCUGAAGGAUGUGGACUGAGUAACGUGUUGAUGUCAUUUGGGCACGAUGACUACAUGUACUUGGUUGCAAAGGAAAAUGGCACGACCCUGCCUUCUGCUGGCUUGUUUGUUAUCCGCUACCACUCAUUUUAUCCAUUACACUCACGUGGAGCAUACAAGCAUCUGAUGAAUGAGGAGGAUGUGGAGAACCUGAAGUGGCUUCAGAUAUUCAACAAGUAUGAUCUCUAUAGCAAGAGCAAGGUCCCAAUUGAUGUUGAAAAAGUUAAGCCAUACUAUCUUUCCCUCAUCGAGAAGUAUUUCCCAGCAAAAGUCAAAUGGUGA